AUGACCACCAUGAACACACCAACCGAGCUAGAUCUAGUUCAGCUGGAUGAACAAACCCUACUGUUGAUUGUCAAUUUUACCGCCAUCAGCGCUACCGGCUACAAGGUUCCACCCGGCAUCAGCGCAAUGGAGUGCGCGCUCUACUUCUGUGUCGACACAUACAAUGCAUCAGUGAAGAACGUUAACGAAAACUGCACAUACAACGUCGCAUGGCAGAGCCUGCUAGCGAUGCAUAACUCCGUCGGUCAAUUGCUCCAAGGCAACGGCUAUACGUUUGGGGGGAGGCCAACUCGGCAGUCCGAUAAUGGGCCAUCCGAUAUCAUCGAAGCGUUGUAUGGUGUAUCAGGUGGCCAUGCAGAUAUCAACUCGCUUUUCGAAUCCCUAGCGUCUUCGCUUACAACCCGUGCCCGGUCAAAGAACCAAUCUUUCGUUAAUGUGCGAUGGCCGUGGAUGGGUCUUCCUAUUGCUCUCGAAGUCUUGACUGUUAUCUUUCUUGUUGUCACAGUCAUCCGCACGAGACAUCAGUAUAUUUGGAAAUCAUCGCCCUUGGCUUUAUUAUUCUCAGAUGUGCAUAUUGACGCGCCAUUUUCGUUCAAAUCUAAUCCGACUCUCAAGGGAAUGGAGAGUGCAUCAAAGGAUAUGCAUGCCUGCUUGGAAACAUCAUCCAAUGGAGUUAGUCGAAAUACUAAUCCGAGUUCGUAA